UCUACCUAUAAAUACAUUACUCAAUGUUCUUUUCGUUAUUCAAUUGUCACCAGUUAAUUCAGUUCAUCGAUUUGCUCCUUUUUACAACAAAUUUCGCAAAGCCUACACAUAAAAAAAUAAUGGCGUACGAGUACCUAAUGAAGUUCAUAAUAGUGGGCGAAACGGGAGUAGGAAAAACCUGCAUUAUGAACCAGUUCACAGAGAAGCGGUUCGAUCCGGUUUACGACGUCACAAUCGGAGCCGGAUACGGGUCCAGAAUAAUCACCGUCCACAAGAAGCAAAUCAAGCUUCAAAUAUGGGAUACGGCGGGACAGGAGAAGUUCCGGUCAAUUACGAGGGCGUAUUACAGAGACGCCGCGGGAGCUUUGCUUGUUUACGAUGUGACUAAAAGGCACACUUUCGAGCGGCUGUCGAGUUGGCUGGAAGAUAUAUGGUAACAAGGCGAUACGACAGUAAUGGUGGUGGGGAACAAAUGCGACGCCGGAGAAGAUAUUAGGGCUGUUAGUGCAGAGGAAGGCGAGGAAUUCGCUAAGAGUAAUAGAUGUUUGUUCAUUGAAGCUUCUGCUAAAACGGCAUUGAAUGUGGCGGCAGCAUUUGAUAAGACGACGAAGAGAAUACGUGAGAAGAUGGGAUACGGGGAUGUUAAGGAGGUGGAUGAAGCUCUGGGAAUUAAUAUUUGGAAUUGGAAAGGAUUUAGGAUUGGAAGGACGAGGAAUGAUGAGAAUAUUGAUGGAGCUGCUGCUUCUAAAAGAUUCAACUCAUGUUCUUGUGGUUGA